AAUCUUUUCACUCCCAUUCAGCCACCCCCAACAAAAAAAGAAAAGGAAAUUAAGAAGAAAGGAAUUCAGACCAUGAAGUGCCUCAAGUUCUUGACCAUCCUAUUUCUCAUUCUUCCCUUUGCUGCUGGAACAACUGAAGUAAUGAAGGACGAAAAGGUUUGUGUCCAGCCCUAUGGCAUCAAGAAUUGCACAGAGAAGACCUGCAGCGAGUUCUGUGGAAACAAAGGUGCAGUCGUUUCUAGAUGUUCUAGUAGCAUUUCUUGUACUUGCCUCAUACUUUGUUGACUGGUCCCAUAUAUUUUAAUAAAAUCUAGAAUUUAAU